UAAUGUCUGUAUAGCUGGUGCGACGGUUUCAUUGCUAAUUUUGGACGAUUUACUGUGACGCGUGGAAUAUUGUUGAAUUUGGGAAUACGACCGACUAUAAAGUAUAAACUAAAAGGUUUUCUUAUAUUUCCUUUAGUUUUCAAUAUUAUUUGCCACAAACGUUACGGGGAUUUAAUAUACACUGUUACAAAAAAGUGAGAAAUAUCGAAUCGAUUUUCAUACGUUGUCGUGUGGAGUUCGUCAGUUUGCUAAACGAAAUUGAAAAGCGAAAUGCCCGGACGGUUCAAAAUGAUCAAACUUCCAAAGAGUUCACACACCAGAAAGAUCUUAACGAUCAGCGCCCUUCAAAUUGCAGCUGUGAUAAUCGCUGUAUGCUCUGUAAUUGCCUACAUGUCUUAUAGUGGACUGUCCAAAGGUCGCUGGGCUUUUUUUAUUUUCGUCUGUAUCUUGGCGCUCUCUUAUGCUAUCUCCAUGCCGAUUAUAUUUCUCAAGAAAAUACCACGAACGUUCCCUAAUUGGAACUGGAACAUCAUGUUGCCCAUACCAUCAGUAAUACUAGUUGUACUUCUCCUGGCUGCAUCCAUCGCCAUUUCGGUUCAUGUUGAUCACGGAUGUUUGGAAUACUGCGGUUUGGUCUCUUUUAUCGCGGCAAUCGCGUUUCUUUUAACAUUGCUCUUCUUGGUCGAGACGCUGUUGCUAUUGAGGAAAGCCUUAAAGGAUCGUGAUUCGCGACGUGAAUCCGCCAUCGUCAACAACAUGGAGACACAGACCGAAACACAUACCGACUCACAGACAUCCACUUCACAGCUAUAAGACUGUCAGACAGAGCUACAGAUCCGGAAAAACGUUGCUUACAGCUUACUGCAUGUGUACUGUAGACCUAAGCGUUUGAUUUGCCAAUAGGAGCAUGCGCAGAGAGUGGCUUAGAAUCCUUAAAUGCUUUCUACUUCCGCACGUCGCUGCAGGCGGCCUGGCGAAGAGGACAAAGAGCAUUGGAAGUCAUGGACUAGUUCAAAAACUAAUAAAACGCUCAAUUUCAUUUGCAUCAUUCUUUGGUUAUAUAAACAAGUUCAUUUACAGUACUGUCCAGAAAUGGCCUAACAAAAACCGCGGUCCAAACUCCAACUCCAACCGCGGUGAGACGAGGUUGACCCUCGGCCUAACUUGUUUUGACAGACAUUUCUUAAGAUUUUUUCGAUUUGGUUAUUGUGUUGUCCUUCUCAGCCGUGUUUAUAACAUAACAAUUCGUUCGGAAGCGAACGGCCACUGCGAAGGUAUUUUUUCCCUUGCGGUCGUCUGCGAUUUCUAUCGAUCAAGCGCAACCGCAGUGUUAGAUUAUUUCUGAACAGUACUGUAACAUGCAGUACUUUCUUGAUACUUUGUAAUAUAAUAUGCAUGACGAAAGAAAGCUGGCUUUCCUACGAUAGAUUCAUGGUUAAAGAAGUGAUAUGCAUUCAUGUACAAAUGUUAAAUAUUCUUUCUUCCCGGCAUAAAUUUAAUAGUAAUCCCAAAUAUAAGGUGUCCCGAUGUUAGCUAUCAGUCGAUAGUUGAUAUAGUUCUGAUACUUUCAUCUACAGUGCACGCAGAUAUGACAGAUCGAGUUAAAACAGGUGCAUGUUAUUCUGAAUGCAACUUUGGUACGAAUAGAUUUAUAGAAGCGUUAUGAAAAGCACAUGCAGCAAUCCAGACAAUGAAUCAUAGAGCAGUCGUCCUUCAGUCUUGAACUGAGAUUUCUUGAUGCAAACAGUCCUUUGAAGUGAAAUAAAGUAUAA